AUGUCUUCGAAUAAGCAGGAGCCGCUGGAGGAUCUGCUUCGAAUUGGGCGCGACCUGCUCAAGACCAAGUCAGCCGAACAUCAUCAGCAUGUGCAGGCCAAGCUGCAAGACAAUCUCGAGUUGGUGCGCCAACGUGACCGCCUUCUUUAUGGGAAGCGCCUGCGCAUGCGCGCCAGCGGUGUCGACCUAAAAAUCGCCAAGACCCCGCCCCCGUCAUUCUCGGGCUCUGUCCGCAGUCGCGAGAGCCAUGCUCAGAGCUUGUUAACGGGGCAGGCUGAUAGCGUGCCUCUACUGCUCAUGACCAAGCAAACGGUCUUGCCGCGCUACUGUGCCUGGACGCCGAUUCGGCGCAACCUUAUGAUUGAAGACGACCGCAUCCUCAGCCACAUUCCUUACGUGGGUGACGAGGAGACCGAUCAGUUUCUCAACGCCCUCUACGAAGCCUACGAUGAUAACCUAGUGGAUGGGCGCAAGGAGGAUUGUCCCGCCGUGAUCAAUGAUGUUCUCAUGACGACCCUUCAGCAUUGGAGCGCCGUUCAUCGCAAUGGAGCUGCGAUGCCUCCUUCAGCCAAGGCAGCGCGGGUCUUGGGCCACCUUGUUGGGCGCUCGGGCGAGGAAAUCAAGGAGCGCGUGCUCCAGAUCAUGGACAACUGCGCGCUUUCACCCACGGGCCAGCGCGCCGAGUUUGGCAUGGCACCGGAUGCAGAUACGCCCAACCUGAGUGUCACGGCAGCGGAGCUGGUGGAUUCUUACCGCAAUCUCUUUUGCCGGCGUUGUUACACCUAUGAUUGCCGCCAACACACGGACACAGAGCUCGAGUUUGAGCCGGGCUUGAGCCCGGACGCUCCCACUACGCCUUGCCGGCGCGAACCUUGUGGUGAUCAUUGCUACAAGCAUUUCUUCCGGUCGCUGACUGAGCACAAUGAUCCAGCUCAGCUUGCUCUGGCAGAAAGAACCGCUUUUUGUCACAAAUUAGCGCAAAGCCAUGUGCUGGAGAAAGCCUCGGCUUGGCGGCCACCCCCGGUCUGCUCUUUUGGUUCAGAAAUGAAGGCGGUCCAUGUCCCCUCCAAAGCAACGUCUAGUUUCAUGGAGAGUCUCAAGCAAUGUCGAGCUUGCCAGCGACAGCAAAUUGCUGAUGGGUUCGAAUGUGGCUGUUGCCAGGCGCGUAUCCGCGGCAAACUGCUGCAGGAGGCGGCGCCGGACCUUCAUGGCUUGGCCGAGGACGCUCUGGCACAUGCAUGCCUAGAAAGAAAAGAGUGUAGAGAGCCGGGCUCACCACCAGCGAAGCGGACCAAGUCCAAUACCUCGCUCAAUAUUGACAACUGCCAGGCAUCUACACUCGACAAGUUGCGAGCUCUGCUUCAGCGCGAGAGCAAAGUCUUACAGAACCCGGCGAGCUUGGGGAAGGAGCUGGCCCCAAUCCUUGAGCAGAUUUUGACCUUGCUUCAGCCCAAGAGCCAAGCAUGGACGCAGAGAGACAUGAGUUUGUUCGAGGUUGGGCAGUCGAUAUACGGUUAUGACUAUUGCGAGCUGAGUCGCUAUAUUGGAGGCGGAAAGACUUGCGCACAGGUCUUUUUACUAGCCGCCCACAAAGAUGCCAGUACGGCGCUGCCUGCCAAUUAUGGUACCGAAGCAGGUACUGGGACACCCCAGCACUAUACACCAUGCUACCACCCAGGGCGACCCUGCGACCAGGACUGUCCAUGUGUGCAGAGCCAGAACUUUUGUGAAAAGUACUGUCAAUGUGAUGCCUCUUGUCCUCGACGAUGGCCCGGCUGUUCCUGCCGCGGCGACUGCAUGACGAAUCGCUGCGCAUGCAAAUGCGCCGAUCGGGAGUGUGAUCCUGACCUCUGCACAGUGCGUCUGCUCGGAUGGGGCGUGUUUGCAAAAAACUCUAUCGCCAAGGGCGGUUUCAUCAGCGAGUACCGAGGCGAGGUGCGUUGGGCUGCAUGCUGCAUGCUGUGUGUGUGUGUGUGUGUGUGUGUGUGUGUGUGUGUGUGUGUGUGUGUGUGUGUGUGUGUGUGUGUGUGUGUGUGUGUGUGUGUGUGUGUGUGUGUGUGUGUGUGUGUGUGUGUGUGUGUGUGUGUGUGUGUGUGUGUGUGUGUGUGUGUGUGUGUGUGUGUGUGUGUGUGUGUGUGUGUGUGUAUCAUUUCGCAAGAGGAAGCCGACCGUCGCGGCAAGGUCUACGAUCAACUAAAGUGCUCAUUUCUCUUCAACUUGAACCAAGAGUACGUGGUGGAUGCCACGCGCAAGGGCAACAAGAUUCGCUUCGCCAACCACGCCAAUGACCCGAAUUGCUGUGCGCGUGUGAUGAUGGUUGCGGGCGAGCACCGCAUUGGUAUCUUUGCCGAGCGUGACAUUCCAGCCGGCCGUGAGCUCUUUUUCAAUUAUCGAUACGGUCCCACCGAUGCGCUCAAGUACGUGAGUGUGGAGCGCGACCAAGAGGAGGAGCCGGUCGACUGGCUUGACAUUGAUUGGGUCCAACCCCUCUCCGAUUUUACCGGCGUCACCAUGGCGGUCGGCACGGCCGGAAAGCCGCAGGCGCGGCUGACGGCCACCAUCUUGCGCCAUCCCUUGCUCAAGCGCCGAGUGCAGGUGCGCGGGCAACUGCAUCUCGCUGCUGGCCCGGUCGAUCCAAAAUUGCCGGAAGGGACCGUGCACUACAUCCUGGUGCUGGAUACUUCCGGUUCCAUGGCAGGUCGCCCGAUCAGGGAGAUCAACACCGUGCUGCACGAGUUGCCGAAGCGCCUGGAGGGCAACGCCCGCGUGCACGUCGUGUCCUACAACAGCACGGCCAGUCUGUACCCGGAUGCCCGGCUGGAGGAUAUGGAGCUCCGUGGCAUGGGUCUCACCUCUUUCAUGUCAGCCUUUCAUGGUAUGAUCCGCCUUUUGGAGCAGCUCAAGCCCCAAGCCCAAGACAGCGUGCGCAUCUGCUUCAUGACGGACGGUGAGAACACGCGCGACUCGUACGAUCUAGCCAUGAUCGAGCUGCGAGAAGCGCUGAACGCGCUCAAUGUGCGUGCAUGCGUUGUGGACGUGGUCGCCUUUGGUGUUACCCGGGUUCAUCAGCUGCUCGAGACGCUCCGCGUCAUGGGGCAGCAAGAGGGCGCCUACCUGUAUGCCAAGGGCAGCGAUGGACCGACGAUCCUGCAAGAGAUGAUGACGCUCAUCCUGGACUCGGCGGGCUUUGCUUCACGCUUUGAGAAGCGCAUCUCCAUUGAUUGCCAGCCGCUGGGCCUGUCUGGCCUCACCGUCUCAGCGAUUCAGCAAGAGCAAGCAGAAGCAAGCGGAUCCAACCAGGAGCCGCGUGCACAAGCAAAGCACGAUGGCAGGGAGACCGCGGACGACAACGACGGCAACGACAGCCUUUACGGCUUCUCAUGCUGGGCCUAUGAGCCGAAGCGUGAGGGAUCUGAUGCGGGCUGGGAGGCCAUGUCUCAUCCCGUGGAUGUGAUCCUGCCGGACGGGCUCGAUGACGGGGCGGGCCAGCCGCUGCGGCUGUCUGCAGAGGCCACCAUUCACACACUGACCGAAGCAGAGCGCCUCUACUACGAUAUCCUCCUGGACCAGGUGGACGCAGAGAUUGACCGCCUGUGUUCCAUCAAGGGUCAAGCCUUGGAACUAGACCAGCGGCGCGACGUCGAGGCCCUUCAACACAAGCUCAACGUUUGCGGCCGCGUGUAUUCACGCCACGACUUGGGUCGCGUUCACCGCGCGGAGCUCCUGACGCGCCGCAUGGAGGUGCAGAGUCGCUUGGAUGAGCUGCAUCAACUGAUCAUGUCUGCGGCGCGUGCUGCCAACUCGGACGAGGUCUUGUCGCAAAUGUCCAACCUGCGCUUUGCGGGCAAGCUCAAGGCUCGGCGUCAACGCGUCCUGGCUCGUCGUGUGGCUGACAAUAGUAGCGAACAAGACUUGACGGCUCAAUUGCAGCAGCUGUAUGUGCGUCUGCCCGCCAAAUUGGAUUUGGACCCGGCCAUGGACAAGUACUUUAGCUGCCUCAUGAGCCAGGCCACCCUGAGUGAGAUUUUAAACGACACCGCGGAUAAUGUCCUGGGGUUUGGCUUGUCCAUUCGCCGUCCGGAGGCCAUGAUCGAUGCGCCGUCGCUGGUUCACGUGGAUGAGAUCAGCCUCACGUUUUUGUCUCGCGAGUCCAUGCUUGAUGCGCUCAAGUACAAACUCUCCAUCGCUGACCAGCUGGCGGCACACGGCGGCUUUGAGAUGCGUUUGAGCACGCCGGCCGCCAUGACGGUUGGCGCAGCUCGCGAGCCCAUCAAUGCGUGGCUGCCCCUCUACAUCCAUCCGCUGCACUGGGAGCGGGCCAAGCUCCUCCUCAAGCCGUCACUGGGCUACUUUUGCUGCUUGGACCCCUUGGCUUUUCACGAGUAUCAGCUGGACGUGCCCUUGGUUGUACUGGCCACCAUGCUGGUGCGUCUUUGCACGCAACCGGUGCAGCGCGGCGCCGAGCUCUUUGUUUCUUUUCGGCGCACCUGCCGCGCCUUGGCUGAGGACUUUGGCACGCUGGCCACUCUGCGCGAGAAGCUCAGUCUUUUUUGUACACAACCUGAGCACCGUUUGAAGCACCACGUUACCAACCCGAUGACGCUGUUGGGUGCUUACUUGAUCUUGGACGCGGACGAGCGCGAGCAUCUCGAGGCAAAUCAUUUCUCGCAAAAGAUGGGUCUCGAGCUCCUACGCCGAGGCCUCCACGCCGCCUACGAGGCGGCGGGUCCGGGUACCCUGACAGACAUGGCUGCACGCUUGGUGCUGGGCCAUAAGGAUCAACAUUUCUUGUCGACAGAGGAUGAUGCCGUCGCGCAGCUGGUGACCCUGAUGAGCCAGACCUCAGCUCAUGACGACGACGACGAUCAGGCGGACGGUGAUAACCAUGGCGACGGCCAAAUGGCAGGGGACCAGGCCUUCAGCGAGGCUGGGCGCCAGGCUGGAGAUGACACGUCAAGCAGUUCUGAUGCGUGUGCAGCCACUUAUCGAUUGGACCAGACGGGUUUCAACGCUGAGGUGGAGGCGCAUCCCCUUGUUCCCAUGACCCUAGACAACGCCACACGCCGCGCGCUGACGGUGGUUGCACAGAGCUGCUACAACGCGGUGCCGGGGCCCAACAUCCAGCAAAAGACCGAUGCGGCGCGUGCUCGCGUCGAGGCCUGGUGGGCAGAGAACCAAGCGCUGGCCCGGGCGAGCCUCGGCAGCGAGGAGAUGCAGGAGCUGCUCGCGCAGCGUGAUUGCUUUUCAGACGUCAAGCUGGAGGCCCUCGCGCGCAUUCUACGUCGCGGUCGCGCCCAUCAAUACCCCCAACCGGCCGACAUUCUUGCCUUCAAGAAUGUGGCCGCGCUUCUGGGUGAUGACGACGACGAUGACGCUGGUGAUGGCAACCAAGCCUCGGGCGUGAGCCAGCUGGAGGUGCAGGCGGUGCGUGUUCGCGCAGCGCUGGAGAACUUGGCCCGUGAAUCAACCUUGCGCGACGAGUUGCAGCUCUGGUCGGGCACCGUGCCGGUCACGGCCCACCAGUUGCGAGGCUUGGCCCUUGGAAUCCUUCAAGUACAUACCAACAAGUCGGCCCGAGCAGCUGUGGCUCGCGAGGGCUACAGGGAUGUGGACGCUGUCGACUACGCCCAGCGGGUGAUUGACGAUCAGCUUUCACGGCUCAACGAGCGCGAGGAAGCCAACCUCGAGCAGCGGUGUCGACAGGCCUGUGUGCCGGCCGUUUUGGGGCACAUGCUGCGAGCGGAGGAUAUGGAUAUAUUUUUAGGCUUGCUGGUAACCCUAUGCUCGGGUCGUGAUCAGGCCUACCGUGAGCUCUGGGCAUUGCUCCUCAGCGAUCGCACCCAGCCCCGUGCGCUGACCGCCAAAGUACGCCUGGUUCUCACCGGCAUGUAUCGUGAUGCGGCCGUCUUUGAUCGAGGCAACCCGAACUUUCCCUCGGGCACUGCUGAUGAACAGCUACGCAAGCGCCUAGGAGAGUAUGACUACCUGGACGUUCGCAAGGCAUGCUUGGCGCGGGUGCGCUAUCAUCAGUAUCGUGAAAGCGGCAUUGCCAAUCGUCACGGCUCGAGCAACGAGCAUCCCCACCUCUACUGGAAGUGUGCUCUGUGCCGGGCCAACAACCAUCCGUUUGCACGCUUGGGUCUGGAGUAGGCCCCUCCUCUGUUUGCCCUUUUCUCGGGCGUGGGGUGCAUGUUAAUCAUUGACCUUUUCCUUCGUGUCUAGCAACCUGAUCUCGCUGUUGUCUCUGUACAUGUCGUCGUGUAGUCGGAUGUAUGCGCAUCUCUUGUCACCAGGUUGUUUGGGUUCGAGUGCUGGGCAGAGCCCAAAUCGGUCGCUCAGUGAAAUUCGGGGUUGGAAGGGGGUUUUUUUUUCUAGUCAAUCUGUGAGUGUCUUGUCGCCGAGAACCUCAAGUUACAUGCUUGCGUUUUCCCUCCUCCUCUCAUCAAUCGACCAACGAAUGGCCAUGGCGCAAAGACGAAAGACACACGCUUGGGUGGAUGCACGAAU